CAGAGAGUGCGAGGCAAAUAAACAUGUGGGGAAAUGCAUGCACGACAGAGGUAUUAAUCUUGGCAGCCGUGGUGUGUUUCGUGGUAUAUUUAUACCAAAGGUUCACAUAUGGCCGCCAAGGAGACCCUCUCUGCCCCCUCCCCCUGCCCCCGGGUGCGAUGGGUAUGCCCUUCCUGGGAGAGACCAUUCAGUUGAUGUUGAAAAAAGAAAAAUUUUACGAAGAAAAACAACGUCGACACGGCAAUGUAUUCAAGACCAACAUUUUAGCAGCUAAUACGAUAAGAGUGAUUGGCUCUGAGAAUGUGGCGAUCAUUUUGCGCGCAGAGAACAAUUUGGUCACCACCCACUGGCCCAAGAGCACUUACCGUCUUUUCGGACCAGGGGCGUUACACAAUAGCGUAGGGGACGUACACAGGCAAAAGCGAAUGGUCGUUAUGAAGGCGUUCAGUCCGAAGGCAAUGGGCACCUACGUCCAGCAGAUCCAGAGGAUUGUGCGGGGCGCUCUGCAGGACUGGUGUGUCAAGGACGAGGUGCUUGUGUACCCUGAAUGCAAACGACUUUCUUUUGCGAUUGGAACGGAGUUGUUAGUCGGUUUACAAUGUGACGACAACACCCUGACAAAUCUUCUCUCUGACCUAGAGACAGUGGUGGACAAUAUAUUUUCUCUACCUGUCAGUAUCCCUGGCUUUGGCUUGUGGAAGGGACUUCGAGCAAGGAAAAGAUUAGACCGUGCGCUUGACGCCCACAUCCGUAAAAAGCUUGACAAGUCUUUGGCUGACUGGGGAUGUAAACGGCCGUACAUUGACGCGCUUGACCGUAUGAUCAACGCCUAUCUUCUGGACGCGAAAGAUGAUAUCUACAUCCAAGAGUUAAAAGAUUCUGCGGUGGAAAUGAUGUUUGCUGGGCAUCAUACGACAGCGAGUGCAGCUUGUAGCCUUAUCUAUCUUCUUCAUGAAAAUCCUCUGGCAAGAAAAAAGCUCCACGCAGAACUCAUCCAGCACGGGUGGACUCGCGAUGCAACUGUGACAGACCUUGACCGAGUGACAUGCGUCAAAUACCUGGACCACGUGGUGAACGAAGUUCUGAGGCUAGUGCCUCCAGCGGGAGGUGCUUUUAGAAAAGUGCUGAAAACAUUUGAGCUUGAUGGAUACCAAAUUCCGAAAGGUUGGUCACUGGUUUACAGCAUUCGCCAGACUCAACACCAGUCGCCAUUGUUUUCUGACAGUAAAAUAUUCGAUCCAGAUAUGUGGGAGGACAACCCUGCUAAGGACAAACCGUUUGAUUUCUUUCCAUUUGGAGGUGGCAGACGACACUGUAUUGGGCGGGACUUUGCUCGCGUAGUCUUGAAAAUACUUGCAGCGGAACUGGUUACGACGACAGAUUGGCAACUUGCAGAAGAAGACCCCGUGUUCUCGCAUUUCCCCACGCCUAAACCUGUGCAUGGUCUACCUACACGAUUUAAAACGAAAGAGCAACAGAUUUGAUUGAAGAAUUAGGAAAAAGAGACAAUCAUAUAAUAUAUUAUAUUUAAUGUCACAAUGUAAUUUAGAUUUUUAUUUGCGA